GGAGACUUGGGUUUAAAGAUAGAGAAAAUUACUAGAAUGUUACACAUUUUAUGGUUUAUUACUAGAAUGUUGUACAUCUUUGUUUUAUUACUAGAAUGUUUUCUCUUUCCUAGUAAUUUACAAUAAGGGGCUUUUGUUAUGUUUUAUUUUCUAAAACUAAUUUUAAAGAUCAAAGCCACAUCAGUUAUUAAAAAUCCACAUCACAUCAGUUAUUUUCUGAAACCAAACCGUCUCUAUCACUAUCACUAUCAUACAUACGGUUUUGUCAAAAAAAAAAAAGAACACGAAGAACUGUGUUGUGUCGAAGAAGGAACCGCAAACCGAAAUCCUCUCACCCUUCGAAACCCUCGUCGACAUUGUUCUUUACUUCUUCGAACUCUCUCUAACUCUCUGUCGUUGAACUCUCUAUAACUCUCUGUCGUUGAACUCUGUCUCGUCGGAGUUUUUAGAAACCGUCGUCUGUACGAAAUCGCCUUCACCGCAUUCUCAUCAACGAGUUCAUCUUUUCCGGUAAGAUGUCGCGACGUUAUAUAUUGUAUUUUGGUUGAGUUUGUGGGUCAGUUAUAUAUUGAGGCUGUGAUAUGGGUGUGUCGAGGUUUUUGUUGCGACUGAGUUAGGGUUAUGUUGACUGUGCUAUGGGUUUGUCGAGGAUUUUGUUGUGUCUGAGUUAGGGUUAUGUUGCGGCUGAGAUAUGUGAUUGUCUAGGCUUUUGUUGUGUCUGAAUUAGGGCUUUUUGUUGUGGCUGAGUUAUGGUUAUGUUAUAACUGAGUAAUUAUUAUGUUAUGGCUGAGUUAUGGUUAUGUUAUAACUGAGUAAUUAUUAUGUUAUGGCUGAGUUAUAUAUAUGACCUAAUAUAUUUUAAUAUUAUGAUAUGGCUGUGUUAUUUUUAUGUUGUGGCUGAUUUAUUGUUGUGUUAUAUGAUCAGAUGGAUGUUAGUCAAGUCGAACCACGUGAUUACCCUCCAAGACUUUACCCUUCUAACCUAGAAGGUAAAGAUAUCAAUCAUAAUUUCCGUGCAGGACAUUUCCCCCACAUUAAAGAAACAAUAGGACUCGAUGUGUGGGAAGAACUGGUGAACUCUCCCAUUGGAGUAGUUGCUAGGCUACUUUCACGCGAAAGCAUUUGGUCUGGUAGGACCGUACACUAUCUGCUAUGUAGACAGCUGCGAGUGCAUAAAAAGGAGAUAUGGUCUGUUGUGGUUGAUGAUGUUAUCAGGUUUAGCUUGCUCGAGUUUGGUGAGAUCACUGGGUUAAACACAGGUCCAUUGCCAACAGAAAGUUUUGAACCUGAUCAAUACAAAGAGUUUUGGGAGGAGUUGAAGGUGCCGCUUGGGAUGGGACCCAAGUAUGAUGAGCUGAAGGCAGCAUUAGAGUUCUGUCCUGGUUGGAGUUUUGAAAAGCGUAAGUGGUUGGGGAUGUUAUUUCUUCAAGCCAUGGGACUGUACUGUUUGCAUCACAAUUCAAGGAUACCCUUUCAAAGUGCAAUAAGGGUAUUCGACGAUGAAGCCAUGAGGUCGUAUCCAUGGGGUCGGACUGCAUACGAAGUUCUUGUUGACUCUCUGAAAACACUGUCUCCAGAUGGAAAGUCAUACACAGUAAGCGGCAUGAAGGACGUUUUAUUGGUUUGGGCGUAUGAGUCCAUCGUCUGUUUCGGUGAGAAGUUUGGGAGAGUGGUCAACAAUGAAGACGUUCCUCUUUUGCGAUGGGGUGGAAGGCGUACACGUUCAAGUUUUGAUACUGUCUUGUCUGACGAAAUCAAAGAUCAUGGCGAGGUCCGUUUGAGGAGAAUGGUUAUGAAGGAGUCAAUUGAAGAGAUGUUUCCUGUAUGGUCGGAUGAACCUGACGACCCACAACUCGUUAGGUUGGUAGAAGACAUACACGCAGGUAGAUACGUGAAAGGUUUCUGGGAAGUACAGAGGGAUGAGCAGGGGAAGGGGAAUGAGAAGAAGAAGAAGAAGAAAACGAAGGGAGUUUCAUCAGAAGCUGAGCCAUCAACAAAGAAGCAGAAGAAAGAAGCUGCUGAAACGAGAAAGGGUUCUAGCGAGGAGGAAGCUGUAUUGGACAAAGCGACUCUGACGAAUCUUGUGAGUGCUCUGCAGAAUAUUUCAGCAAAAUUUGACGCUUACGAUUUUGACCGGAACCGGCCAGUGAUGGACGAGAAGACCCUAGAUAACGUGGUGAAAGCUGUAGUGCAGCAGAGUCUGAAAGUUUUGGGGGAAAGGAAAAUUCCCGACAACGAUGCUAAACUCUCCUCCGCCGGCGUAGAAAAAUCUUUAUCGGUGACAUCAUCACCUCGUAGGAGGUCGCCACCGGAAAAGUCGGACAAAAGUCCAGUGGUAGAACCGCAGGCCCAGGAGGAGAAGUCUGUAAAAACUCCAGUGACAGAACCGCGGCAGCAGAAAAAGCCUGUCAAAAGUCCAGAGCCGCCGCAGCAGAAAGAGAAGGCUGUCAAAAGUCCGGUGCCGCCGCAGCGGAAGGAGAAGGCUGUCAAAAGUCCGGUGCCGGCGCAGCAGAAACAGCAGAAGUCAGUCAAAAGUCCAGCGUUAGCUGAGACCCCUGCAAAGAAGAAUUCGGAGCUUGAGAAGGAUACAGUGGUGAGAAGGAUUUUGGGUGAUGAUUUUAAUGAAAUUGAUUUCAUCAGUGUUUCUCCUGCAAAGAUUACUAAGGAUGCUAAGGAUGGUAAGGAUGCCAACGUUCCAGCCUAUGGACGCGGCUUACGGGGCAAGGCCAAGCGUACUGUUACUGUAAAGGAUGAGGCUAUCGAGGAUAAGAAAAAAGCACAGCGGGCAGAGGCUGCGUUGAAGAGGAAGGAGAAGCAAGAGGCUAAGAAAAAAGAGAACGAGGAGAAGAAACAGAAGAGAAAAGCGGCUGAGUUACAAAAGAAACAAGAGGCUGGGUUACAGAAGAAAAAGAAGGAAGACGAGGCUGAGUUACCGAAAAAAAAGAAGGAAAAAGAGGCUGAGUUACCGAAGAAGAAGAAAGAAGAAGAGGCUGAGUUACAGCGGUCUGCGGAAUGUGUUGUGACCAACGACGAAGUUCUUGCGGAAGAUAACGCAUUGGCGGCGGAGUCUGAUGUCGAGCCAGCUGAAUUGAUUAGAUUUUCCGUGAUAAAGGAACUUCGGGAGAAAUCAGUUAAGUUAUCUCCACAAGGGUUUUCAUUGACGAACCUUGAUUCAGCACCAGAUUUUCCGUACAUUGGAGACAAUGGACAGACGACUUGCAUGAGGAAGAACAUUACGCCUUCAUCAGUAAUAUACGACCCUUGCGCACCUGUUGAUCCGGCGCGACUGGAAAAACUGAAGCAACACAUUAAGGCAAUUCCACCCAAACCACCAGCACCUAAAGAUAAACCAGAAGAACCCUCAGCUGAUCAUGAGAGUGACUUCUACAGCAUACUCAUGCAUGAAAGACCGUGGCCUGACAAAGAAUAUGGAUGGGUGUUUGAUAAUCAUAUCGCUGCGUAUAUGAACGUCCUCAUACAAAGGUCCAUGCGAGAUCCCACUCCAUUCUGGUCCAAGCGGAUUGGUUUCAUAGACCCUUGGUUGUUAAGUUCUUGGGCUUCCCUCGAUUACAGGCAGUUCAGGAUGAAACCUGCUUCGUUCAAGUUCAAAGACUGUGGUUAUGAAGCGUUGGUAAACGGGAGAUUCCCCGAAGAAUUUACAACAAACUUGAAGUGGUAUGCAGAUGUGGAUCACGUGUACGGAUGUCUUCAAACCGGCGGUAAUCACUGGGUGGCGUUUCACGUGGAUCUGAUCAAGGAGAAGAUAGAUUGCUACGAUCCAAUCUAUGGAGAGUCAACACCCGAAAGUGAGCAAAAAAUGCUAAAUGCUUUUAGACCUCUACUGGAGAUGCUUCCCUGGAUGUUGAAUGAGCUUAUUCCUGCCGAUCUCCGAAAGCAUUCUAGGAAGAGGUUCGCAUUCAGACGGAGGAGCAAAAGAUACAUUCCACAAAACAACAUGUCAGGUGAUUGUGGGGUUUAUUCGUUGAAGUUUGUGGAGUGUCUAGCGCUUGGUGUAACUUUUGAUGGCAUAAACGAUAGUAAUAUUCAAGGGUUACGGGUGAAGAUGGCAGCAGAUAUCCUCGAGGAAGGAGGAAAUGUUGGAAUGAACAAUUUGUUUUCAUAAUGAAACUGUGUUUGUUUGUGAACCUGUGUUUGUUGUUAUGUUAACUAUUUGACUUUGGAUAACUGCUGUAAUAACUCAGUCGUAUCGAUUAGUAAUACUCAGCCAGUACUCAUUGAUAACUCAGUCAUACCUCAAACAUACCCUAGAAUCAAAAUAAUUAAUAAUUUUUCAUUCGAAUGUUAUAUAUAAAGUCCAAUUAUCAAAAUAAUUAAUAAUAACUCAAUGUGUGAGCAUGAUCUUUGUUGACUAUACGAGUUUGGAAUCGAUUAUAAUCUUGAGGUAUAUGUUGUCUCUUACGAGUACCUAAAACUCUAGGCAGUGAUAUGAGGUGUGAGCAUGAUUCAAAACACGUAAACUGUUAUUGUGUUAUUUAUUAUGAAUUUGUGAUAUUUAUCAUAUCUUGUGGUUCGUACAUCAUAAAUCAUAACCCUAAACAAUCUUAUUCGGAACCCAAACCCUAAAUAACUAAACCCUAUACCCUAAACGGCAAACAACAAAUCAGCCGUAAAGGUCUUAAUAACUCAGCCUGUUAGUGUAAGUUAAUAUUUACAUAUGGCGCGAAAAUUUUAGAUAUUUUAUCUCGCGACCUUUAAUGUUCUAUACUUCCCCUAUAUAUAGCCCCCUUCUCUUGCACCUUCUCGCCUUAUCUCACUAGAAAACCUAAACAAUAUCUCUAUAUCGCCUUACAAAGUUAUGAUUGUUCCUGGUUAUUCAGAAAGGUUAGAGAACAGAGUCAAUGAGAUACUAAACUCUGAAAAUCGUGAAAACCUUCCCGUUCUAUACCCUGGCCCGGGUGUCUUGCUUGACAGCGUAAUCUGGUUUAAAUUUCUAAGCGAUCUCUCCCUGGCCAUCCCGUCGAUUUUAGCAGAAGGAUGGGUUCAUGAUUGGCCGACAUGGCGCGCCAUUCCCGAUCAUUUUAAGGAACGCUGGUUUCUUCAACUCGCUGUAAGGACAACAUCUUUGAAUUGUUUUUGAUAUUAGACAUAAUAACAGCACUUACAUUUGGAAAUUGGUUUUUUGUUGUAGCGCAAACGCACGUGGGCACGAAGAUAUAAUUUUCAAGUUUGGACAAAUUUUAAUCUGGUGGCCAGAACGGUGUUUCGUUGUCAGAUGCGCCUCUUGAAGAGGAGGUGGGCACAUGGGGGUGAGAAGCCUGCGUGGAUGCUAACUAGAGUUUGGCGUGAUCUUGUCCACAUGUUUGAAGAAUUUGGUCCUGAUAAUUUUGGUUUUAGAAAUUGAUUUGUUGUUUUUGUUUGUAUUCAGCCGUCAAGUUUUUGUAAAGUUGUUUAACUCAGCCGUUAAGUUUCUAUAAAGUUGUUUAACUCAGCCAUUAAGUUUCUAUUAAGUUGUUUAACUCAGCCGUUUAGUUUCUAUAAAGUUGUUUAACUCAGCCGUUAAGGUUUUAUAAAGUUGUUUAACUCAGCCGGAAUUGUUUGCGUCAAACGUCAGUGUUUCAGUUAAGUAACUCAGCCGUAAUACGAAUUAAGAUACUAAUAACUCAGCCUUAUAUUGUAAAAAUACAAAGCCAUAGUUAACGCUAUUUUCAAUGUAUUAUUAUGGCCGCCAUUACUUAAUCGAGACCAGUAUUAGAGUCCUUUAUUCUCUUAUUAUUAUACGUGCGAGAAAUUCCAUCGUCAUUGAGAAUAUCGAGACUCAUUAUUAUGGCCGUCAUUACAUUAUCGAGACUACUAUUAUUAGAGACCUUUAUUCUCUUAUUAUUAUGUGCAUGAGAAAUUUCGUUUGCAUUGAGAAUAUCGAGACUCAUUAUUAUACGGCUGGCACGCAUGUAUCGGAUUAUUUACAUAAUCGAGGUAUUGUUAUUUUUAAUGUAACUCAGUCAAUACGUCUACGUUAACUCAGCCAAAAUAUAGACGCUAACACAGCCGUAAUACGAAUUCAACUUAAGUGUUUGAUAAAAUAAUAAAGAACCUUUCGUAUUUCUUGAUUUGAUUGAGUAUUCGUCAUAAUUAAAGUGCAUCACGUGUGUGGAAAAAUACGGCUCAAACCUAAUAUCGAGGCAUUUAAUAGUUUAUUAAUUUAAAUUAUUCCUCUUUAUUUGAAUUUUUUUAAAAAAAUGAUUUUAUAUUACUACCACUAUUGUUUUAACUUUGUCUUUCACACCAAUUUCUCUUUCAUUCAAAGAAAAUGUCUUCUUCAUCAUCUGUGUCUGGUAACACUUACUUUCACCGCCGGCAUGUGGAAAGAGGAACGCCGAAACAGUGUUGGUGUGGUGAACCCGCUGAAUUAUGUACAUCUGCAUCACGGGCUAAUCCAGGAAGACUGUACUAUUGCUGUCGCAAAGGAUAUAUUAAGGUUUGAUUUUUAAUUUUAUUCAUUAUACUGUCAAUGUGAUACUAAGAGCUGGGCAUGUUGGUGAAAUCAGAGACAUUUAUUCAAAUGGGCGGACGAGUGCUUGGUGGAAGAGGUAGAAGAUAUGAAAUCGGUGAUGAGUGACAUGACCAAAGGCAUAUCAGAUCUGAGAGUAGACGUUGGUCGGUUGGAGAAAGAACUCGGUAAAGCGGAAAAGAUGAAGUGUUUGAUGUUUCCAGUGGUGGUUUGUGGGUUUGGUAUGGCCAUAUUUUGGCACUAUUUCUUUGCGUAGUCAUGUGUUGUAAUCAUAAUUUAGACGCAAUGUUUUUAGUAACUCAGCUAUUACGUUCAAUGCAACUCAGCCAGUACGUUAAUUAAUUCAUAAUCAAACAAUAACCCAGCCAUAAUACGAGUAUUCGUCAGUCAUAACGUUUUAAUAACUCAGUUAUAACGUUCACUGCAAUUCAGCCGUUACGUUAAUUAAGUCACUAUCAAACAAUAACCCAGCCAUAAUAUGAGUAUUCGUCAGUCAUAAUGUUUUAAUAACUCAGUUAUAACGUUCACUGCAUCUCAGCCGUUACGUUAAUUAAGUCAUAAUCAAACAAUAACCCAGCCAUUAUAUGAGUAUUCGUCAGUCAUAAUAAGAUAGUAACUCAGCUAUAACGUUCAGUGGAAGUCAGUCAUAAUCAAACAAUAACAUAAACAAUAACUCAACCAUAAUAUGAAUAUUAGUCAGCCAUAAAAAGAGACAUACAUAAAUUUCUGGUUCGACAUACAUAAGUUUAGGUUCAAAAUCACUCUUCCCUUUCCGGACAUACACACAUUAGUGGAGUAGUUUUCCCAUCUCCAACCACAUUGAACACAAAUAAGUCUCCUAUGGCGCAUCUGUUAGCACGACAGAACUUUCUCCAGCCUCUUCUGAUGUAAUACAUGCCGUCUGCUUCGCUAAAUCGCAAACUCACAGUCCAUGAAUUUCCCUCUUUGUUGACAAGUAUUAUCUCUUGGCAUUGUUUGUUCAAAGCAGUACAAGUCGUAGCUCCCUCAGGAAGAUACUGCAAACACAGAACGUAAAGACACAGAACAGAUCAAACCAUAUGUUAAUAACUAACUAAAUACUGCAAACACAGAACGUAAAGACACUGAACAGAUCAAACCAUAUGUUAAUAACUAACUAAAUAUGGUCUAUAACUGAAAAUCGACUCACAAGUUUGUCUUCUUUUAGAUUCGAAGCAGUGACCUCAGCCUGAAAACAAUAGUCAAAUGAGAAAGAAGGAGCAUCAUCCGCAUCGGCUUCUUCCUUGAUGAUGUGAGGAUGUGUAUACUGAAUCUCACAACAGCUAGGACCAAAUGGUGUGACAUGAAACACCAUAUCUCCUUCGUGUUUGAAGAUGACAAUGUCACCGAUUUGAAGGUCAUGUGCUGUGGUGAAAUCUUUCCAACCUCCGGUGAGUCUCCUGCCUUCUUGUAUCACUUCCCAAGUUUGAUCUGUAGCGUCCGAUCUUAGUUUCCAUGUUUUCCGGUUUGUCUUCCCUUCUAUGUGCUGUGAGAAGAAGCCAAGUGGUAUUGUCUGCAGGUCAGAAAAGCCAAAGUUAAGCAAACUCUAAAAUAGGAACAUAUACACAUGAGAAAUAGAGAGUGUGUGUCUACCACGCCACUGUGGAAAUCGGGAAGCAGAGGCUUCAAGAAAUGAGGUUUGUGCGAAUUAGGCAUCUGCAAACAAGAAAAGAAUGGGAAGAAAACAUCAUCGAACCUAAGCUGAAUCCACAAAUCUGCAAAAGAGAGGCUUCGGUUUUACCUUCGUAUCGAGACGCUUCGAAAUCGCCUGUCGUCGAGAGCUUUUCUUUUUUUUUUCGCGUUGGGACGAAAAUGAUUUCUUUUUUUUUUCCUUGUGUAAAGUAAAUAAUGCCGGAAAAUAUAACUCAGCCGUAACAUUGUUAAUAAUUAAUAAUGCCGAAGAAUAAAACUCAGCCGUAACAUUGUUAAUAAUUAAUAAUACCGAAAACUAAACCUCAGUCGUAAAAUUGUUAAUAUUUAAUGAUGUCGAAAAAUAAAAGUUGGCCAAAAGAGUCAUACAUAAUUUAACUCAGUGUCGAGUUAUGUCCUGACACGCAUGUCCGAGUAAUUUACGAUAUCGAGGUCAUUAUAUGUUUAUUUUAUUUGGACACGCGUGAUCUUUAUAUUUAAUAUGAUUUCCCUAUUAUAUUUCCAAUAUUUACAAGUAAAAGAUAAAGGAAAAACCAGAGUCGACUUCUAAAACCUAAAGUAAGUCUCUUUCGUCCAAAAUCGAUUUUGAAUUAUUUUUUGUAUUUUGGCCUUGUUCGAUUUUGCAUUAUUUUUUGUGUGCUAUGAUGUAUAAAUUAGAUGGAUCUACAGCGUGGAAUUCCAAGGACGUGCGACUGUGGAGCUGCUACCAUUGUGUUAACGUCAGGUACAAUAAAGAAUCCGGGUAGAAGAUUUUAUCGAUGUGGAGCAAAUUCGGGUCAAAACCAUGUUUUCAAAUGGCUUGAUGAAGCACAUGAUGAAGAGUUUGUAGUUGUGGCAAACAAACUCGCGACGAUAGAGCAGGAUUUGGCCGCUAUAAAAGCAGAAUUAGAUGAUAUGAAGAAAGACAUAACUGAGAUCAUAAAAAUUAUUGAAUGUCUUAGGAUGAAGUCUUAAAUGUAUUAGUUGCUACUACUACUUCUUUGUUUACUCAGAUUCUGUACUCAUAAGUCAGUCUAUGUUUAUGUAACUCGGAUUUAACUCAGCCGUUGUUAAUUUCUUCCGAAACAACAACUCAGCCGUAACAUGUAAUAAUAUCAGUCUUAACGUUUAGGUGAACAAUCAAAAAACAGUCAUAAGAUGAAUAAAUGAGAAUAACUCAGUCGUAAGAUGAAAAUAACUCAGAUGAAAAUAAGUCAGCCAUAAGAUGAAAAUAACUCAGCCAUAAGAUGAAAAUAAGUCAGCCAUUAGAUGAAAAUAACUCAGUCAUAAGAUGAAAAUAAGUCAGCCAUAAAAACAGAAUAUAUAAUUUUUUGUUCGACAUACAUAAUGGCAUAGCAAAAAACAUAAAAAAGAUAAGAUUCUGAUGCAGAGACAUCUUCACUACUUACUUGUGUCCCUAAACAGGCUUAUCGGUUCAAAAUCACGAAAGAACAAGGAAAUCUCUUUGAUCCAGAAACAGCGCUCACACAUGUUGUCGUCCUUAGUCACAUCAAUGUGCCAUAGGCAGAGACAUUGUCGGUCCACAACAUUUGCACAUUGGCAAAGGUAGAAGGACGGAACAUAAGUAGAAGUGAACAUGGCCUUAAUUUGACGGAACUCGUCAGUAUGCCACAAACCCCAUCCCCAUUUCGCAUCUCGAACAAGUUUCCCGACCCUGUCAACAGUUGUUCUUGGAAUUCUCCGAAAAUACUGCGCAUCACCGUAAAAGAUUGCUUGAGUCAUAGUGUGUGUAUACACUGCACGCUCAUAUCCUGCAUCUGCUGCACGCUUGAGGAGAGAAAUGCCAUAAUCUUGCUCAUCGUAUGAGUAGAAAAACUGUACACCCUUUACAUAAAUUGUGCCUCAGCGUAGCAAGUUUUCAACAACUAAGAUGGCAUAAUGAGACCCCAGGGAAAGGAUAACACAUCGAAAUAAUGGUAUACCCUACGCAUAUCUGCUAACGCCUUCAUCGACCUGGACGAUGCUCUGAGGCGGUAGAGAUCUUGGAAGGAGUUACGGGCCACACGUUCAACCACCAUUGCCUGAAGAUCUUCAGACAAUUCAAGCAGAGGGAAAUAUUCCAUUUUCUCUGAGAGGACAGUUGUGUAAAAGAUAGAGAGUUGAAGAUGUGUAAUUGUUUGAGAAGUACCUUAUUUAUCUGCAGUUAACGGUUAUAGUUUCGUAUCGCGGCGUUUCUUAUUUCUUAUUUUGAGCGGGAAUUUAAUCCAUAACUCAGCCGUGUAUUACAAUAACUCAGCCUUAGUUGACUUCGCGACGUUUCGUGUUUCUAGCGGGGAAGUUUUUUUCAACUGCGUUUGAAUAAAAGAGCUGACAUUAGAAAUCACGACAAUUAUUAGGCGUGUGAGUAACAUUAUCUCAGCCAAUGAAGAUUAAUUUCUCUUAAUUUAAUUCGCUACUUUCGUAUUCCACUUUAUAAUCAAUAAUUACGAAGGGGCUAUUACGUAACGUAGGGCAAUUAAGUACGGACAUUUCGUUUUUCGAUGUCUGUGUCUCUCUUGAGUAAUGGGAAGCGGGCAAAUCAAUGAAAAUAAAAACCCAACCAUAAUACAAAAUUUGAAAAACAUUAACGCAGCCGUCAUAGAACAUUAAAACAAAAAAAACCAGCCGUAUUACAACACAAAACCCAGCCGUAUUACAAUUAAUAAUCCAGCCGUUGUGCAAAUCAAUGAAAAUAAAACCCAGCCGUAUUACAACACAAAACCCAGCCGUAUUACAACACAAAACCCAGCCGUAUUACAAAACAACAUGAAAAGCAAUUGCUUAUAUCGGACAAGUUCUCGCAUUAUGUCCACUUUGACUGCAACGAGAACAUAUGUGCUCUUUCCUAGGACGUUUGUUUGCAAGUGCAACUUCUAAAGCAGAUUUCAUCCUAUUUUUUUUAGGUCUUCCCGGUUGUUGACGAAUAAACGGUGGAAAGCACUGUACGUUAGCCACGUUAUCUGGAACAGGUAGCGCUGAGUCAACCGGCAUGACCGAUUCAGCGUAUGCGCUAGCUAAAUAAGUGCUUUUAUAGUAAGGACUGCACAGUGAUAUACGAGAAACAUUUCUUUCCUCUGCAGCUGCGAUUGCGUGUACACAUGGUAUUUUCUCGACAUCGAAACGCCGACAUGUGCACUUUCGCUCAACCAAAUUAACAACAUUCAAAGACUCGCCAGCAGCGCCAUAUUUAACUUCAGUGUGAUGGUCAUCAAUCCUUUGAACCGUCCAAUCCCGGGAGGCACUUACACGUCCCUAUUAACAAAACCCAAUAUUCGUGAAACGGCUUACUUAUUAUUUAUAAAGCUGGCUUAUGCAAUAUAACGACUGACUUAUUAGAUUUAAAGACUGACUUAUUUUACUGUUACGACUGACUUACUUGUAAUAGUUUCUCCACACCGCGCGUGAGUGUGGUUGACUGCGAUCUGGCAUCCACUCUUCGUUCAGCAAACCAUCUGGUCAUCAUAACCCGUAUCGAUUCCAAUAUUCGAACAAUGUUAAGACCUCUAGCAUGCGAUAAUGCUCUGUUCAUUGAUUCCGCUAUGUUCGUAGUCAUCAAAUUGUACCUCUCGCCCGGGAAAUAAACACGUGUCCACAGUCUGACAUCAGCUCUUUCGAGGUAGCCGUGGAGAUCAGGAUUAAGUGCUUCAAUCUCCUCGAAAAUCAUAUCAAAGUCAGACAUUCUAAAACAUCUCGCCGCUUUCUUCACCAGCCGAAAUACAUCUUUUCCUUUGUACCGUCCCAAUAUGUUUUUAUACAAAUGAUAGGUGCAUAUUCCACGAGCAGCUAACGGAUACACAUUUGUAAUUGCUUUCCCUAUCGAGUUAUGCCUAUCUGAUAUUAUCGCAAGACCCUCCUGGUCAGGAAUCAACACUUUUAGUUGCGUAAAAAACCAAUUCCACGAAUCAUCAUUUUCAGUGUCAACCACUGCGAAGGCUAUUGGAAAAAUCUGAAAGUUACCAUCCUGAGCUAGUGCUGUGAGUAGCGUCCCUUUAUAUUUACCAUUAAGAAACGUACCGUCGACGACAACAACUUUGCGCAUGAAAGGAAACCCAUUAACGCUCGCACCAAACGCAAGAAACACAUACAUGAAUCUUCCAAGCUCAUCGAUUUGAAGACGCGUAACUGUAUUCGGAUUUGCCCUUCUUAUCAUGUAUAAGUAAGAAGGCAAGAGUUCAAAACCACACUCAGGUGUGCCCUCAUCGAUUUCCCUUGCACAUUUAAGCGUCCGGUGUGAUUUCCAAUAUUCCAUCUGCUCACAUGAAAAAACAAUUUACAUAACUCAGCCACAUCAUAUCAUUAAGACGGUCACAACGUAAACAUAACUCAACCAUAGUUUUGUAACUCAGCCAUUUCUAACAUAAAAUAACCCAGCCUAUACUCUACCAUAACUCAGCCGUUGUAACAUAAUUACCUUUACACCAAACUGCUUAGUGAUAGCUAUUCCGACACUCUCAGGGCGAACGGCCGGACCAACGUCGCCGAGAAAGUUCUUGUACAACUCUCCUAAAAUAUCCGGUGUUGCAUUUCGAGAUCGAUUAGAACGCUCAGUUACAGAACAUGCAUGAUCCGAGUCGUAAAUACGAAUAUAAAACUGCGGGGACAAUCCUUCGGUAGAUGCACGAACUCUCCAUGUACAUCCAUCAACCCAACACUUAACAACGUAUGUUGUCAGGUUUGAUAUUUCUACAUCAAAAUCAAAUUGAUGCCUCACUGUAAAAAGUUUCAGUCGUCUCUUCAAAUGCUUUUUAGUCAAGUAUCGUUGUCCUACCGCAAGGUCUAACGACGACAUCUCCAACUUCAAAACCUCCAGAUUCCCUUUAGAUUCGCUCAUCAAGAAGUUCUGAUAUCUUUCUUGGAAGGUAGCGUUGGUGAAUCUUCGUCUUCUUCGAUAGGAGACUCACCGUAUGUGCUGAAGUUAUCAUCUUCAGAUGACGCACCGUCCGAGUCAUCGAACAUAUCAAAUCGACUUUCAAAUUCAUCAUCUUCUUCGUUUUCUUUGCCUAUUUCAUCUUCUCCGGCUACGUCGUGUAUUUCAACGUUACUAAAGCAGUCAUUCUCAAUUUCAUCUUGUUCAUCCUCCAAACUGCAACCAUCGUAACUCCCAUUCUCUAUAGACUCAACUUCUAAAGCUUCAACUUCUAAAGCUUCUUCUUCUGAAGCGUCUUCUUCUGAAGCUUCUUCUUUAGAAGCUUCUUCUUCUGAAGCUUCUACGUCUGAGCUGUCAUCCUUUUUCUCUGUAAUCUCCACACAGAGACGUAGUUGUUUGCUUUUCUUUAAGCUUAGAAAACAUUGCAAUUGUCGAGUGUUGGACACGUAAACUGGUGGAGUGUUGUGCGCCAUUGUUUUCAAUGUUUUAUUCGAAAACAUGUAGCUAAGCAGAAUAUGAACCUUCAAAUCAUUCAAACCGUAAUCGUCGAUGACAGACUUUGUGAAAUCUUCAAGUUUAGUUUUCUCACCUAAAUGAAGAACUCUACACCCUCUACUGUCGACGUUGAAUACAUAUCGUUUUUUCAUAAUCCAUUUACCGGAAACAAUAAUAACGGGAUCCAUUACCAUAUGAGAAAGAUGAAGAGGAUAGAUAACUGAGAUGAUGAAGAAGAAAAGAAAGUCUGUGUAAUCAUUCAAAAAUAAGAUGAAGAAGACAACUGAAAGGUCUCGUAACUCAGUUGUAAAUUGGGCGACCGUUAGUGAUGACAUGUCAAAUCCGAGUUGAUGACAUGGCAGAUGACAUGGAACAUCGGUUAAUCAGCCGACAAACAAAUCAGUAACUCAGCCAUCAUGUUUACACUUUGUCAGCCGAUACAUGGAAACAUUCUAGUAAUUAAUCUUUUGACAGUAAGUCAGCCGCAAUAAGGAUGAACAACCACAUGUCAGCCGUAGAACAUUCUAAUAAUUAAUCUUUCGCUCAUACGUCAGCCGCAAAGCAGCUGAGUUUACUGUUUAUCCAUGCUUAACGGCUGAUUAAUACAAACCCAGUCGUAACAGCAUCCCAUAACUCAGCCGUGGCUUCAAUAACCCAGCCCAUCCAUGUUCCUUUACUCAGCUGAAAAAAAAUUUCUCAGCCGUGUCUUAACCACGACUCAGCCAAAUUUUCCAGAAAUCAAACCGCCGAUGUAUAAGUCAGCCGUCAUUUGUAUCAUUAAGUCAGCCGUGAUCACAUAACUCAGCCGGAUUUCUGUAAAUCAGUUGUAUCGGCAAGCUGACUUAUAGUUUUAAGUCAGUCACUUUCACUUAAGUCAGUCGUAUGUAUUAAGUCAGCCGUAACGUAAAGAUAAAUCGGCCGUAACUACGUAUCUAUCGCUUAACAGCUGACUUAAUGAAAAUACGGACGCGAAUUCCUCCGUGGCGCCGGUUUUUUGCCUACGUGGCAGCGAAAAGUAAUGGCAUUCUCGUAAAUACGUUUUUUCUCAUAACGUAAAAAAAGGGUACGCUUGGUAUCGAAAAUAUUCUAGUAAUAAAAAAAAGUUCUGUAUCAUUCUAGUCAAUACACCUAAAAUAUGUAACAUUCUAGUAAACUUCCCUUAAAGAUAUACAUAUGUUCAACCAGACCCUUUUGGCAAAUCAGAGAUGGAGAAUGAUGAAGGAUUCAUAACUUCUUCUUUCAAGGUUCCUGAGAAGUCGAUUUUUUGAAGACAUACGGUUUUAAGAAGCUGGAAUGGCUACCAUGCCAUCCUAUGGGUGGAAGAGCAUAAUGUUUUAAAAGAAAUUGCUUGUCAAAGGCCUUUUCCAGAAGAUUGACAUUGGUGCUAAUAAUGUCCUGGUGUGGGCAUUUCCGUGGCCGGAUGACAGAGUUAGAGAUAGAUCAUCGUUGAGGGAAAAACAUUUCAUUGAUAUAGACUUGAGAGUGUCAGCGCUAUUGAAUCAAGAAAUGGGUGACAGGAACCUUGCAAUGCUAAAUGACCUAUUUUUUACUCAUGAUGUCAUGUUAAUUUUAAAGAUGGAGGUUUCCAUUGGAACAAAGGACUUUAAAGUGUGGAAGUAUAACAAGAGUGGAGCUUACAAUAUAAAGUUGGGGUAAUGGUUGGGAGCUUCCUUGAGUAAUUCGAUGGCAAAAAUUGUAGUAGAAGCGCUGCCUUCUUUAAAUCUCCUAAAAGAGAAGAUAUGAUUUCUCAAAAUCCCUCCCAAACUCAAGGUCUUCUUGUGGAAAUGUCUUUGCCUUACAUCUUGCUGAAGGGAUUGCAAGCAGAAGAAUGAAGGUUGAUUUGAGAUGCCAACUUUGUGGAAAUAAACCAGAAUCGGCUAAUCAGAUCUUCCUUAACUGUCAUGUGACGAGAGGUGCUUGGGCAAAAGCAAACUUCCCUACACAUAGGCUUGGCUUUCAUGCUACUUCGAUCUAUCAAAACUUUGAUUUCAUUAUGAAGAUAGGUAGUAACAAUGAGAAUUAUAAGGUGUAUCCUUGGAUCCUGUGGAGAUUAUGGAAAAACAAAUAUAGACUCAUUUUUGAAGAAAAAUAUUUGGAAAUCUCAGAAAUUGUUGCCAAAGCCGUAGGAGAUUUUGAAAAAUGGUUUCCGGCACACUAGUAAUGAAGAAACAACCAAUAAAGUGAUGCUGAUAACGAAAUGCAAGAAUGGGAAUCUCCAGGAGUGGGAUGGUUGAGAUGUGAUAUUGGGACAGAGUGGUGUAAACACACACUCGUCAAUGGUGUCUCUUGGAUCCUCAGGAAUGAGAAAGGAGAAGUGCUUAUGAAUAGUAGAGGCUCCUUCUCUAAUGUCCCGAAUGCAACAAAAGCACAAGCUAAUGGUUGGUUGUGGGCCAUCGAAAACAUGAGAAAUCUGAGGAAAACCAAUAUUGUUUUUGGGGUUGAGUCAUCAGAGCUUCUAGGGGCUGUCCUCCGACCACCGGCUUGGCCUUCCUUCAAAUGGAUCUCGCUAAAUAUCUCUAGUUCCCUUCAUUUUUUGGAUCCAUGGAAACUAAAACUGACUAAAAGGAAGGCAAAUCUCCCUACUUUCUUGAUUGCAAAGAGUGCCAUCUCAAAGAAUUUCUCUCAAUCAUAUGUUGCAAGUGGGCACCCUAGGUGGUUCAGUGGUUCUCUUCUUUUUUUUGUUCAAGGAGCCAAUCGUUUGUUUAGACUUUUGCUUGGGUAUAAUUGAGUCCAAUUCUAUAAACUCAUUGGUUGUAUGGUUAUGGUUAGUUCCAUAUAUGGAUGAAAAUCUUCUUUAGUGUGCAAAAAAAAAAGAAACCACUGUUAUAUAAUAUAAAAAAUUUUAUUUUUAACGCGAGCUUUUUAAUAUAAAAAACACCUAUUUACAUGUGUGAUUUAGAACACUUUCAGUAGAAGGGUAUACAAAAGUUCUAAAAUUUCAUAUAUGUGUAUAUAUAUAUUAUAUAUGCGUAUUUAAUUGUUGGAUCUAUUACUUUACGGAAAACUCAACCCAAAAGUAAUAGACCCUACAAUUACGUACGAAUAUAUAAUAUAUAUAUAUAUAUAUAUACGCAUAUAUGAAAAAUUAAAAUUCCAAUGGAUAGAACCCUUUAUUGGAGGUGUUCUUAAAAUCAAAAUUUCUUAUCCUUUGAAAAUCACUAUGAUGUAACAAAUAUAAAUUUGAUCAAAAAUCAGUCGUCAAAUUUUUUUUUUUUUUUUUGACGUCAAACGGCCAUUCUAUAUCAGUCGUCAAUUUAUUUUUGUACAUCAUAUAUUUUUCAUAUGAGAAAAUAUCACUUAUCCACCUAUUAGUUUUCUUAUAGCAAUUGGAUUCUCUGAUUAGCUUGCAUAUGCUAUUCUAUCAUAAGACAAACAAUACUUGGUUAAAAUAAAUAAAAAAAAGAUCGUUCAGUUACACAACUAAGAUAUCACCAGAUUAUUAUAUUAUUGAAUUAAAAUAAUAUAUCAAAACCACAUUAUUACACUAUUGGUGUGAAGUAAUGUAUCAAAAAUUAUAUGAAAUAUAUGAUUUUACUGAAAACAUUUUUGGAUUAUUAUAUGUUAUAUUAAUAACACUAUUAUAAUAUUAUUUCAAUAGCUAAAAAAUAUGUUGGAUUUGAAAUCCAACAAUUUCUAAUGAUAUUUUAUAUAUUCUCAUAUAUUUGAAUUGUAUAAUAUUAUAUUUGAAUCUUUAGCCUAUAUACAUAUAUAAAUUUCUUGAUCUUUAAGUAUGUUUCUAAGAGCAUGGUUGAAUAACUUCUCAACAGAUGUUGUUAGUUUUCAAAUCUAACAAUUAUUAUAGCUACAAAUUAAUGUUAAUUAUAUAGUUCGUGUAGCUAUAACUUUUUUUAAUACUGGAUAACACAUUACAUCAUCAGAUAAUCUCUAAUUCUAUUAGAUAUGAUGAUUAACUACCUGCAACAUAUGCAAUAUUGAUAUAUUGAACAGGUCCAUGGAUAAGGUUUCCAUGAUGAAACUCUCUUCGAAAAACUUGGAUCAACAGACGGUUCUGCAUGUAUGACAUCCUCGAUGGAUAGGCUCUCACAUCAGACCACCACAACGAACGGAUCUGUCUACAGUACUCUGAAACCUCUAAUAAACUUCGCAUCAUAUAAUCUGCAAGAAAUUGCAUAGUUUAGAAAUCUAACUCUAAACAUGGAUAUAAAAACCUUUAAACUUUAACCAGUAGGCUACGGUACUUCUACAUAGACACAUUUAUAUAUUUUGUCACCAUACACACAAUCACACACACACACACAUAUAUAUAUGUUUUAUUAUACACAAUAUAUGUUGACAUAUAUAGGUUCCGUAUGGUAACGGACCACCGUCAUGCACUGUUCUUAAUAGUAACAAAAAUCUCUAUAUAUAUCUAUGUAUUUAUAUAUUUUUGUUACUAUUAAAACUUCACCGUAUCAUUCGGAAUCAUAACUACAAGAUAUCUUUAAAUGGUAUUUCGUUUGUAAGUGAAUUAUAUGAUAUGAUCUGUCAGACACACAGAGCAGCCUUUAUCACUACGUUGUCCCGCGUUAUUAGGCGACCAAUCUAACCGUUGUGUGUGUCAACUUUAAUUAUAGAUUUGGCUUUUUUUCUUGCUAGUUUUCUAAAUUGAAUUUUUGAUAAAUUUAUAUUAUUAAAAUUGAAGUACAUUUUAGGCUUCGAAUGGCGAGUAUCAUCAUGCUCCGCCCCGCAGUUAACAGUAACAAAAAUCUCUACAUAUACUAUAUAUCUAUACAUUUUUGUAACAGUUAGAACCGCACUGCAGUUGAACCGCUUGUCCUGCACCGCUCAAACCGCACCGCAGUUGAACCGCUUGUCCUGCACCGCUCAAACCGCAGUCACAAUUUGGAGCCUUAGUACUGUUUGAAAAUAUGGAUAACAGUAUAAAUAAAAAUGAUUUAUAAAUAUGGAUAUAGUAAUUACAUUAAUUGUCUUUCUAUAUUUCACUCAUUUUAAAAUUUUCAUUAAUUAUAUUACUUUAACAAUACAUCAUAUUAUUAAUUAUAUUACCAUAAUAAUAAUAGUGUAAGUUUUUAUUUAUUAGUUAAUCAACACUAACUUUGUACCAAUUA